AAAGCUAAAAAAAACAUGCAAAAACAUUAUCUUCCUCCUUUUAUUUUUAUCCGUAUGAAAUCAGUUUGUAUGUUUUGUAAAAUUUAUAACAAAAAAAUGAAAGCAACGAAAGAAAAAAAACAUGGCAUACUGCUUAUCCUGCAGUGCCUGUAUAUGGAAGCGAUAAAUUUAUUUAACCUCGUCUGACCUAUUCGAUUGCCCCCCAAUUUGGAAAUCGCGGUAGUUCGAGGAGCGACGUGAAAGACUCAACCGUGCAGGCGUGCAAAUCCGAGGUGAAUUAUAAAAAACGCACCACGAACCUACACGCGCAAUCGGGAGCCGACACAAGCUACUUGAAGCGACCACGUGACAACACCCACUGAGCAGAUCUGCUUAUUUCUAACGUUAGCGAUCAAUGUUCAGUUGUGCCAUCACUAGCACACGCACUUCCGCAAAUAAGGCUUUGGUUCCUCUAUAUAUACGAACUGAACAUAAUCUGAUCACUAGCGAGAAAGCAGACCGUAUUGUAGUAUAUUAUAUAUUAUUAAAUUACAAGAGGAAAUAUUUGUACAUCAAGUCGUAAUUGAUAUUGUAAUAGAAUAUAAUAUUUAAAGUAAAAUUACAUUAACAAAAGUUAUUUAAAGCAAUUCUUAUAUUAUUAUUAACAUUGAUACCGCAUAUGGAUGUUCGAGAUAAAAGCCAUCUGGAAAUAAAAUUACGUACUAGAAUCGCGUCGUCAUACGAAUAUGAAUCGAUAUAUCGAACGCCUACAGUCGAUAUACACAUUAGCUUGACAAACCAAUCAAAUUUAUCGAAUUGAUAUAUCGAUAUAUAUCGCAAAAAAUAUAUCGAUCUUUUUGAGUUUGAAAUUGGCAGAGGUCAUAUGAUAACCCGUUUGCAUUAGGAUUAAUUUUAUUCGUAUGUUGUCAUCAAGUAUAAAAUUAAGAAGCGUUCGAAGAAAAUUUGUUGACUGUACUCUAAAAGAGCCUAAUGUAUUAGAAUGGGUACAGUACAUGCUUCAAGGAAAAAACAAGAAGAACCAAGCGUAGUAACCCAUGAAGACUGUAUACCGUGCGUGGAACCACAAGACAGAGUACCAGGAAAUCCAGGAAGUUUCGAAGAUAUACACAAGAAAGUUAAAGAUCUUUACCCGCAGAACUUUGAUGGUGCGCGGCUCGUCAUCAAUAAAAUACUUAGUGACCAUUUUAACGUGACCCAUACGAUAACUCUUAGUUCCGUUACACCGUCUGGAUACAAAUUUGGUGCAAAGUAUGUUGGUACAAAAGUAGUCAGUUUAAAAGAAAGAUAUCCCGUAAUCGUGGGAGAUAUUACACCAACUGCAAAUUUGUCCGCGUCUUUUGUGCAUACCCUUGCAUGUAGAUUUAGAUUUAAAUUAUCAGCGCAAAUUGCCAAUGAAAAAUGGAAAGCGUUCAGUUCCAGCUUAGAAUAUCGGUCGAACGAUUUUACUGUAGCGGUGACCUUAGCCAACCCAAAAUUUAAAAAGAAGCAAGCAACAAUGGUAAUACACUUUUUACAAUCGAUCACAUCGAGAAUCGCGUUAGGAGCCGAAAUUGCAUGUCUUCGUGGCUCGAAAGUUCCAGGAGGUCAACAGACAGUCAUGUGUCUGGCUUUUAGACACAGUACAGGACUUGCAACAUUAUCCGGAACGAUAGGUGAAGCGGGCCUUCAUCUUUGUUAUCACCGCAAAUCUAGCUCGCAACUGGAACUCGGGGUCGAGUUAGAAACAAACACGAGGACUCAUCAGUCAAUCGCUACUAUAGUUUACCAAGUAAACGUGCCAUACGCGGAUCUUGUCUUUCGAGGUAUCGUGAAUUCUGAGACUACAGUCGGUGGCGUGUUUGAGAAGAAACUAUACCCAAUUCCAGAAUCUUCGCUGGUUACUAGUAUACUUUUAAACCACAAGAAGCAGCAAUUUCGAGUGGGUGUUGGUCUCAAUAUUGGACAAUGAUAAUCAACAUAUAAUGUGGCUUGUCAUUCUAUCCUAUUUUCUUAGAUCAUUUAUAAGAAUGGUAGGAAAUAAUUCGAUGGUAUAGAAAUUAACAUAGGAGAGAAUUGUAAUUAUUCCUUUCAAAAUCUUACAGAGUGAAAAACAUUUUGUGAACGUUACAAUCUCUGUGACUUAAUAGUUCGCGAUAACGUUUUAACAGCAUUAUAUGUAUUAAAUAAUUGUUAUGUUUAUAUAUGUAUUAUAAAAUAUCCGAAAACUUUGAAGCAUAAGACCUAUAUAUUGA